GGCUCUUCUCUGGACGCAGAGAACCCAAGGAGCAUUGAAGCCAUGGGCCGCUACACGGGAAGAAGCAGCCGGCUUCUUUUUAUGUCCAUUGUCACCUUUCUACUGUUUGUGGUAGAAAUGUCAGUAGCAUAUCUGGGCAAUUCUCUUGCGCUAGCCUCUGAUGCCUUUGCAGUCCUGUCCCACCUGAUAUCCAUGAUUAUUGGCUUGCUUGGCGUCCGCUUCAGUCGAAUACGGUGGCAUAAGACCAAUACAUACGGCUUUCUCCGGGCUGAUGUAGUAGGUGCCUUUGGCAAUUCUGUCUUUGCCACUGCCUUGAUGUUCAGCAUCCUGAUUGAAGCUGUGAAGAGGUAUCUUCACCCACAAAAGACCGAACAAGCUCUGUAUGUUCUCAUUGUCGGAAUCGUAGGUCUGCUCUUUAACGUACUAAGUUAUGUUGUCUUCAUGGACUGCUGUUACUGCCAAGGUUCUAUAGACCAAGAUGUGGAAACAGGUUACUUUUCUAAUGAUAGUCCCGUGAUGACUCCUUUUCCUGCUGUAGUGUUUCCAAGUAGGAAGUGGUGGAUUCAUCUCAAAGAACUUUUAAGUUUUCUCAGAACAGAUGCUUAUCAGAGGCUCCUCAAUGAAAAGUCUUGCAGGGAUCAGUAACAGAAGCUUCCUUGAAAACAGAAUUAGCUUUCCACGAAUAUGUCAUGCUUGGUUAGAGAUAUAUCCCACAUUUCCUCUUGAAGCUCAAGGCAGCUCCUUCUAAUUUCCCCCAAUAGGUUGGGCAGAGAACGAUUGGCCCAAAGUCACCCAAUAGGCUCCCAAGAUUGAGGGUGAAGGUGAACCUAGAUUUCUCAAGUCCAGGUCUAACGCUUAACCAAUGUGCCACAAUGCAUACCAUCCCCACACACAUGCCGUAAUUGCACUAGCAUUCUUACCCAUUGUGGUCCUUGCCAGCU